AAAUGCGCCAUUUCCGAUUCGAGGAAAAAGAAAACGACAUUGAAGAAAGGUACUCUUGAAGGAUCGUCUGAAAUUGAAAUCUGUUCAACAUUUCUUCAUAAUUUCACGUACGAUAGCUGGUAAUUGACUGACUCACUGAUUGAUCAGUGAUAAACUUUUGCGUGAUCGUGACUUUCGGAUUUGACGUUGUAAAUGAGUGUCGCAGCACUGUGUGUACCGUGUGCGUGAUUCGGACCUAAAUCUUGGUUCUUUUUAGUGCGAUCAACUUCGAUUCAAAAUUUAGUUGUAUUAGGUUGCAAAGACAUCGAUACCAUUCGCCUUAUCGGAAAAGUGCCAUUUGGAACAGUUAUUAUUUGGCGACAGUGGCAAAAAUAUAUUCCUCAAACAGAAAAAGAGGAAUGUGAAAAAAUCAACAAGCUUCGUAGAGUCGUGUAUCUGCCUGUGUGUACCAACCGGAGCUGUCAUAAAUGUACACAUUCUAUAUAGAUUGCACGAUCUAUGCUCGGUUAGUGGGCCGAUUUACUGAAGACAAGUGAUCGUAUCUGACGCGCGGCAGUGAAUUGACAUUAAUCAUCGUCGCGCGGUGUUGUGCGCUCAUCGACCGUCUAAAGAGCUAGUGCCGCAUUCUUAUUCGACGGCGAGCUUCCUCACGCAGCAGGUGAUCAUGGCUAAUCGGGGUACAGCCCAGAGGCCAAAUGGUUCAACACAUGGGAAGAUUUGUCAGUUUAAGUUGGUGCUACUUGGAGAAUCUGCUGUGGGAAAAUCAAGUCUUGUUCUGAGGUUUGUUAAAGGACAGUUCCAUGAAUACCAAGAAAGUACUAUUGGAGCUGCAUUUUUAACACAAACUGUGUGUUUGGAUGAUACAACUGUAAAGUUUGAGAUUUGGGAUACAGCAGGACAAGAACGUUAUCACAGUCUUGCACCAAUGUAUUAUCGUGGUGCACAGGCAGCCAUUGUAGUAUAUGAUAUAACAAACCAGGACACAUUUGUACGUGCCCAAACGUGGGUAAAGGAAUUGCAACGACAAGCCAGUCCAAGUAUAGUUAUAGCAUUAGCUGGAAAUAAAGCCGAUCUUGCAAAUAAGAGAGUUGUAGAAUUUGAUGAAGCUCAAACUUAUGCAGAUGAAAAUGGCCUUCUCUUUAUGGAAACUUCAGCCAAAACAGCAAUGAAUGUUAAUGAUAUAUUUUUAGCAAUCGCUAAAAAACUUCCAAAGAAUGAACAAUCAGGAAGUGCAAGUACAAGUGGUCAAGGUCGUCGAUUAGUUGAGACAGAAGGACAAAAGGCAGCAACUGGCAAUUGUUGCAAGUGAUUAUCCAAAUCUAUUUGUACCAUAAUCAACAAAUAUAAAUACACCAUGAGUGUGUCGGCAAUGAAUUUGAGUGGAAUAUAAAACAAUGGGAAAAACCAGUAUAAUGGAAUGGGAGGUGAACUAUGCAGGACGAACAUUUUUCCUGAGUGAUUAAUGAAAAAAUACGUGUAUCACAUUACAUUCGACGAUAUCUAUUUUGAGUAUCAGAUCUAUCAGAAAAAAAUUAAAAAAAAAAAAAAAAAUAAAAAAAAUGAAGAAAAAGAGAGAGACAGAGACAGAUGAAGCUCCCAUUUGUAAUUUUAGUAGUAAU